GUGUCUCGGUGAGAAAAAUGGCUGCAGUGGUAGUUAGCAGUGGAGGGAGCAAAGAGUACCCCGGGAGUCUCACUCCCUUUGUGACGGUAACAUGCAUAGUCGCAGCCAUGGGUGGGUUGAUCUUCGGUUACGAUAUCGGAAUAUCUGGAGGGGUGACGUCAAUGGAUGCAUUUUUGAACAAGUUCUUUCCGUCGGUGUUCCGGAAGAAGAACUUGGACAAAACGGUGAACCAGUACUGUCAAUACAACAGCCAGACACUAACCAUGUUCACGUCAUCCUUGUACUUGGCCGCACUGCUCUCGUCGUUGGUUGCCUCCACCAUCACGCGUAGGUUCGGCCGAAAACUCUCCAUGCUUUUUGGAGGCUUGCUUUUCCUCGUGGGUGCUCUCAUCAACGGCUUUGCCCAACACGUUUGGAUGUUGAUCGUGGGUCGGAUCUUGCUCGGCUUUGGUAUCGGAUUUGCCACUCAAGCUGUGCCACUUUACCUCUCUGAAAUGGCUCCAUACAAAUAUAGAGGAGCACUCAACAUUGGGUUCCAAUUGUCAAUUACUGUUGGCAUACUUGUGGCCAAUGUGUUGAACUACUUCUUCGCCAAAAUCAAAGGUGGUUGGGGAUGGAGGUUGAGUUUGGGUGGUGCUAUGGUUCCUGCCCUCAUAAUCACAAUCGGAUCACUAAUCCUUCCCGACACCCCCAAUUCCAUGAUUGAAAGGGGUGAUCGUGAAAAGGCCAAGGCUCAGCUCCAGAAAGUUCGUGGCGUGGAUGAUGUUGAUGAAGAGUUCAAUGACCUUGUGGCAGCUAGUGAAGCUUCAAGCACAGUGGAGCACCCUUGGAAAAACUUGUUGCAGAGAAAAUACCGACCCCACCUUACUAUGGCUGUGUUGAUUCCAUUCUUCCAGCAACUCACUGGAAUCAAUGUGAUCAUGUUUUAUGCGCCUGUGCUGUUUAGUUCCAUUGGGUUUAAGGACGAUGCUGCUCUAAUGUCAGCUGUCAUCACCGGUGUUGUGAAUGUUGUUGCAACAUGUGUCUCAAUUUAUGGAGUUGAUAAGUGGGGUAGGAGAGCCCUUUUCCUUGAAGGUGGAGUUCAGAUGCUCAUAUGCCAAGCUAUAGUUGCAAUUGCUAUUGGAGCCAAGUUUGGAAUCGAUGGAAACCCUGGUGAUUUGCCACAGUGGUAUGCUAUUGUUGUGGUUCUCUUCAUUUGCAUUUACGUGGCAGCAUUUGCAUGGUCUUGGGGUCCCCUUGGUUGGUUGGUGCCUAGUGAGAUCUUUCCAUUGGAGAUUCGUUCGGCUGCUCAGAGUAUCACUGUCGCGGUCAACAUGCUCUUCACUUUCUUAAUUGCGCAAGUCUUCUUGCAAAUGCUUUGCCACAUGAAGUUUGGCUUAUUCAUCUUCUUCGCCUUCUUUGUGUUGUUCAUGUCAUUCUUCGUUUUCUUCCUUUUGCCCGAAACCAAGGGUAUUCCAAUUGAAGAAAUGCCUAAGGUGUGGAAGGCACACCCAUUCUGGGCCAGAUUCGUUCAACAUGAUGAUUAUGAUAACGGAGUUCAGAUGGGAAAGGGAUCUAGUCAAGUGUAGUUAAUUAAUUAGUCCUUUAUUUUUGUUGUUGUUUUUUUCUUUUUCCUUGUAAAUCAUCCUAUUGAUGUUCGAGUCAGUUUUAAUGUAUUGAAUUGUUUUUAUGAAAAAGUUCUUUAUUUUAGAAAUUUGUCUUCUGUCAGGAGAAUUUUUUUUCUUUUUCAAAGUCCACCAACAAUCAUUUUAAAAACCCACUUUCUAUCGAUUUAAGUUUAAUGUAUAGUACAUCUAUAAUACGUAUUUUUUUUUAUGAUACCACUUUCUUUAUUAAAUUAAGAAACAUAUUUUGAUUUUUUAUUUUUGUUAUUUUAAAUUUGAUCUACUAGUUUUAA